AUGUGGAAGCCGUCAAUACCUAUUCGACUAGCAGCAGAAACAUUUUUGCUCCAGAGCCGCUGUCUACGUUGCCAGUCACGCAACCCGCCGCUCUUCGCCCUUCGCUCAAACUCUGUACGUUAUUACGCUUCACAAGAUGCGCCAAAAGGUCCAGAAGAUAGCAAAACAGAGGCGCAAACUACAGCACCGCGAUCAUUUGUAGACCCGAAAAGCCUGCAAAAUGACAAGCCAUUUCAGCAAAAUCGAACCGCAAACCCCAGGCCAUCAUCUAAGCCUGGAGAUCCGGACUUUGUGCCCCCGAUAUUGAGCCGUCCAAUUGGCGUGGCAGCUCCUCCUAGAGAAGGGGAGAACACUGGUAUUGAUCCACGGACGCUUAGGCAAAGGCGCGAUGACUUUGUCGACUAUGACAAGCACUUGGCCCGUCGGAAGGAAUUAACACGGCAGGUCGCAAAGCCCUAUUUCCGAGAAUGGUCCAACCUCCAAUACCACAAGGGUAAGACCUUCGUGUCCAACCCGCGGCUCUUCCGAGGCGACAAAGCCCUCUACUUUCCCAACCUCCACGGAAUCACUCUCGCCUCACCCAAAGACCCCCAAAACACCACUACGGUUCUGCGGGGCCGGGUCAGCAUAAUAAGCCUAUUCUGCAGUGCCUGGGCCGAAGAACAAACGAGCACAUUUACCGGCCGAGAGAAGAACCCCAAGCUCACCGAAUAUUUGGCUGCAAACCCCAACUAUGCGCAGCGAGUAGAUAUCAACCUGGAACAGAACAAGAUGCGGUCGUGGCUCGUGAAGCUGUUCAUGGGAAACCUGCGCAAGAAGAUCCCCAAGCAGGAGCACUCGCGUUAUUUCUUGAUCGAAAAGGGCUUUGACGAGAAACUGAAGGAGGCCGUCGGCAUGAUGAACAACUUCGUCGGCUACGUCUAUCUUGUUGAUGCUGAUUGUCGGAUUCGUUGGGCGGGCAGCGGCCCUGCUGCUCUGGACGAGUUGGAGACUAUGCAUAGCUGUUUGGAGAAGUUGGUUGCUGAACAAAAGGCCUCCGCCAAGCUGCCUAAGAUAACCGUCUCUUGA